ACCACGGCAGGCUCACUCACAUACGUACGGCGUCAAAGCCAAAGAUCCACCUUAUAUAUGCGGCGUGUGUUGCCGACAGACGGCUCAUUCCAAACACCUUGAGCUCCUCACAAGUCAUUUCUAGGAGCCUCACCAACAUGUGCAGCUCUGCUUCCUGGAACUCCUCGCCUCCUGGUGUGCUCUUCAUCAGGCAGCAGGGGAAGAAGAAGCCACAUGUCUCAAUGACUCUCAGGAGGAAGAGGUUAAUGCUGAUCAGGAGGAGGAGGGAGCUGAGGAGGGCUGCUGGAGGGGCGGAGAUGGCGAUGCUGAACCUGAGGCUCCACCUGGAGAACCGGCGCAUCCUGGCCGAGAACGAGAGGCUCCGGGAGAGGGCCGGCGCGCUCCGCCGCGAGAACCUCACGCUGCGUGCCAACCUCUGCAAGGCGGCGCCAGCGCUGGCAGAGGCCGCCCCCGGCUGCUGAGCCUCCGGCCGUUCUCCUUGGUGGCUCCUUGUUGUGCUUGUGCUAGCUUGUCUAGGUGUGUUGAUGGUAGCUCCUUGGCCUGUUGGAGAUGGCUGGCUGGCUGAUGAUCUGUGCUUAUUGAUCAACCGCAAGGUUUUUCUUGGACCUAAUUUGUGUGAUUUGUGGCAAGAUCAAUAGAUCAUGGUUGCACAUUA